AUCGAAACUUCAGUUCGGCACGAGCGACCACGGCUGACACGCGGGAAUCGUCUGCAGCAGUGUUCAUUUCGAUUUUAAUUUGUGUCGGAAUUUACAACAAACAGCAUGAAAAUCGAAGAAGUUAAAAGCACAACUAAAACCCAAAGAAUAGCUAGUCACAGCCACGUUAAAGGGCUUGGAUUAGAUGAUACUGGAAAUGCCAUAACAGCAGCUGCAGGUUUAGUUGGUCAAGAACGCGCUCGCGAGGCGGCAGGAGUCAUUGUGGAGUUGAUCAAGUCCAAGAAGAUGGCAGGCCGUGCCGUCCUGUUGGCCGGUCCCCCGGGCACUGGAAAGACAGCCCUGGCCCUUGCCAUAGCCCAGGAGCUGGGCAGCAAGGUCCCGUUUUGUCCCAUGGUGGGCAGCGAGGUGUUCUCUACCGAGAUCAAGAAGACAGAGGUGCUGAUGGAGAAUUUCCGACGGGCCAUCGGUCUUAGGAUUAAAGAGGUGAAGGAAGUGUACGAAGGAGAAGUGACAGAACUGACGCCGUGCGAGACAGAAAACCCAAUGGGAGGCUACGGGAAGACGGUCAGCCACGUCAUCAUCGGCCUGAAAACGGCCAAGGGCACCAAGCAGCUUAAGCUGGAUCCUUCCAUCUACGAGAGUUUGCAGAAGGAGAAGGUGGAGGUGGGGGAUGUCAUCUACAUCGAGGCCAACAGCGGCGCCGUCAAGAGACAAGGGCGGUCUGACACAUAUGCCACAGAGUUUGAUCUGGAGGCGGAGGAGUACGUCCCCCUGCCCAAGGGAGACGUCCACAAGAAGAAAGAAAUUAUCCAGGACGUGACCUUACACGACCUGGAUGUUGCCAAUGCCAGACCGCAGGGCGGGCAGGACAUCAUGUCCAUGAUGGGACAGCUGAUGAAGCCCAAGAAGACAGAGAUCACUGACAAGCUGAGAAAAGAGAUCAACAAGGUUGUCAACAAGUACAUCGACCAGGGUGUGGCUGAGCUUGUCCCGGGCGUGCUCUUCGUGGACGAGGUUCACAUGUUGGACAUCGAGACGUUCACCUACUUGCACAGGGCUCUGGAGUCUUCCCUCUCCCCCAUCGUAAUCUUUGCCACCAACAGAGGCAAAUGCACCAUCAGGGGUACAGAGGACGUGGUGGCCCCCCACGGCAUCCCCUUGGACUUGCUGGACAGAGUCAUGAUCAUCCGGACCCUGCCGUACUCCCAGGAAGAAAUGAUGCAGAUCUUGAAGAUCAGAGCCGAGACAGAGAGCCUUCUCAUCGAAGACGAAUCCCUCAAAAAGUUGGCAGAAAUUGGCACCCGGACGACGUUAAGAUAUGCUGCCCAGCUGCUAACGCCCUGCAGCAUCCUAGCCCGCAUCAACGGCAAGGAGACCAUCGGCACGGAGGAGAUUGAGGAGAUCAGUGGGUUGUUCUACGACGCCAAGUCCUCGGCCAAGAUCCUGGCUGAAGGCGGAGACAAGUACAUGAAGUGAAUCGGGCCCGGGCGUUGAGACCUCAGUCCCUGUGCCGACCCGACCAGCCGUCGACAUCCCGUUGACUGUCGGCAAAGCUCCAAAACAACCCUGGAGAAAUUCCUUCUCAAUCUUUGCAGACAGAUUAGUACACGCUGUGGUUUCUGUGUUUUUUCCCUCCCAAACAUUUGAUGCAUUUAUUCUUUCUCUUUCAGGGAAUCAAUUUCUGUGGGAGAAACCUUAUUUGAGUUAUUUCUUUCAUAUUGUAGAUAGCCUGUUGGCACCAUACAUGCGUGGGAAGUUUUCCUGUUUACACAAACCUGAAAUGUCAAGCAAAAAUGUCACGAGACGAAUCUGCCAACAUUGUCACUGGACAUUCUCGAUGGCCCCCUUCGAAAGUGGAAAGCAUUGCUUGGUUUUCUUUGAACUGGCUUGCAGUAUAUGCCACCUGCAAAUUAGUACAUGCUGCCAGUGAUGGGAGAGGGUCAUAGGCGAUGUCCAGCGACAACCUAACCCUAACCACCGGAUUCAGCUGGACAUCCUUGGAUGUCAUUCAUUUUUUUGAACGCGUGCCCUGAUUUCCUUCAAUAUUUUUUUGUAUUAACCGUGAAUAAAAACCUCAACCUCGUCCAAACCACAGACAACAUUUCUAGAUUGAAGCUUGAGUCAUUUUAGCUGGAUGGUCUUAACUCGAGGGACAUUUACGAAGUCAAAGUUUGGAAAAUCUACCACAAUUUGAAGGUGAACUCUCUUGAAAACAAGGGUGUUAUGUUGUAUAAAUCAUGAUUGAUAAAAGUUGAUUUUUUUUUUUAUUUGAGCAUUGUACAGUUACCAAAUAAUGACUGAAAUCAUCCAAUCACAGUUUCCGGAAAAGAUUUACAUGUUUAUUCGUGUAACACUGAUACGAAGUACAAAAGCAAGAAUGGUUGAAGUACACGCAUGCUUCAAGUUGUGUGUAGAAUGAACUUCAGUUUUCACGUUUGUUUUAUGUGGUUAUGUUUUUUUUUUUUAAUAAAAUCAAGUAUAAAAUGUGACACGGAUUUGACUUGUUGGAGAUUUCUUUAGCAAAGCCAGAUACUAUAAACCGUACACAAAAAACCAAGAUUUAUAUAGACUGAGUUUUUUUCCCGUUCCAACGAUUUUAAUUCAAGAAAUUGGUUUUUAAGAUCUGCCAACUGACACGCUGCAGUCACGCUGCCGGGCAGUCAAUGUCUUGUUUAGUAUAACAAGAUGACAUACAUUAUGCUGUGAUUUCACGGAUGGGCAAAAAACGGGUUCCCCUCCCAGAACAAUUCUGGAGUACGGGGUGGUUUGAAGCAAGUCAAUGAGAAACCUUGAAAAAAUGCAAGGUCGCCCUCCUCAUUGGACUUCAUGGUAUUAAUCAUCACGAUAUAUACACAGUACGGAAAUUUCAGUAUAAAAGUGAUUCCUUGCUCUAUUUUCUGAAAGAUGACACUUGUCAGGGGUGUAACGAUACCACAGUAAAUGUAUGAAAAUGUGGCAAUGCGAGGUGGUGGUUGGGGGGGGAUGCUCUGUGAUGUAAAGUUUUGUAUUGCAGCUACUGGCAAGAAAUGGUUUUGGGCACAGGGAAAUGAGCAUUUUCUUCUACAUAAAACCCAAUUGAACAUGGGUGGAAAAA